AAAUCACAUGACCCACUUCUGCGACUUCUUGACGUUCAUUGGGUCAAGGUUGGUUCCAGGCUAUGGAGCCAUUGUUUUUAUUUUGGGCCUAAAAAGGUCAGGCAUAUUCUUCAAGGAUGAGCUCAGAGAAAUUUCUCAACAAGACCCAAGUCCAAAUCACAUGACCCACUUAAGCGACUUCCCGACGUUCACUGGGUCAAGGUUGGUUUCAGGCUAUGGAGCCAUUGUUUUUAUUUUGGGCCUAAAAAGGUCAGGCAUAUUCAUAAAGGCUGAGCUCAGAGAAAUUGGUCAACACGACCCAAGUCCAAAAAACAUGACCCACUUCUUGUGAUUGCCUACUUAGUAUGCUAACACCGCAAAUCAAUCCUACGGAUUUAAGACAGCCGGCCAAAUUUGAAUUACAGUACAAUUUUGUCUCCAUUUCCCUGGAUUUCCAUGAAAGCAAUCAUACUUUGGAUUUGGAAAUAUGAAAAUAUACAAUAAGCCUUUAAACAAACCAGCAAACUCAAACAGUAGGAACAGCCAUUUGUAAACCUAUACAUUACAAAACAAAAGCAGUUAAAAGAACGUAGCCAAGAUCUUAAAAUAGGUGAGGGAAAUUUAAAUACCCGUAGAUGAGGCAAAUUAAAAUACUGGUUGGUGAGGCUAAUCUCUGAGAUAUAAUACUACCUUCAUGACCUUUGGAU